AAAAAACAACAUCAAGAUGGUUGCUGUGGAGUGCUCGAAGGUUGUCGUUGUGAUCAUUAAUAUCAUUUUUAUGAUAUUUGGUCUGGCCGCUCUUGUGGCUGGUAUUGUGUUUAAAGUUGGAUGGGAAGACGUGAGAGAUGUGUUUGAUUUGCCCGAUAUUGGUGGUGACAUUCAACUUGCCGGUGACGCCCUCGCCUAUGGUGCUAUUGUCUUUGGUGCCUUCAUCUUAGUUCUGGCUCUACUCGGCUGUAUUGGUGCUUGCUGCAAAGUCCGGGUUCUGUUGGCUGUGUACGCAAUUGUUGUGAUCAUUCUACUUAUUGCGCAAGUGGCCAUUGUAGUUUUUGUGGCAGUGAAAGGAGACUUUAUGAAGGAUAAACUUGAAGUAGAACUGCAAGGGUCUCUAAAAGAGUACAAGGAGGAUGGCAAAGGGAAAUCAACAGCUUGGAGCUCACUGUUUGACUUUUUGGAAUGUUGCGGUGCUAAAGACCCCAAAGAUUUUCGUAACCUCACUUUUGCAAACAAUGCAUAUCCAUUUUACGACAGUCACAGACCUGACCUUUUCAAAGGCCGCGAACUCUACAUCCCAAUCACAUGUUGCAAAGCAUGGGAUUAUAGCAAGACAUUAUCAACAGAUAGUUUCAACCAAAAUGGAGCAUGCUUAAAUGGCACAGCAGGCAAAUUUUACAAUCAGGGUUGUGUUGACAGUGUUGUAGACAAAGUCGACAGCAAUAAGGCCAUUUUGAUUGGUGUGGGCGUGGCGAUCCUUGUGAUUGAGCUUGUGGUAAUCGUCAUGGCGUUCUUCCUCUGCUGCAGACACGAUGACUAAACAAUGACUGACCUCCCUUUAUCAAGAAUACAAAAGAGUUCCUUAUCAAGCUAUUACGCAGUACAGACGCAAUCUAUGGAAAUCCAGUCGUGCAUAAUAUUACAAAAAUACAUUUUUGAAUUUAGAAGUCCUCUUUAAAAAAAUAAAUAAUUAUAAGUUCGUUUUUAAUUUGUGCUGUAGUGGUUGAAAAAAAAAUUAAAAAUGAAUGUAAUUUAGUUUUAAAAGUCUAAAUGACAAAGUAGUUUUUUUUUGUUAAAUAUAUUUAUUCUUACUUGAAACAUAGAAGCUACUAUUAUUAAUACCAUCAUAUUACAUUUUUUUUUCAUGAAAUAAAAAGCCAUGUCUAGGACUAAAAAUUAUUGAUCCCAAAAACUGUUAAAGGGGUCGUCCAUAAAUUAGGUUACGGCUGGGGUGUGGGAUAACAAAUUUGUUACGUCCUGCUAAAUAAAGGUAAUAUUUCUUACACAAUUAAAUAAUUAGAGGAGGGUCGGCGUAAUAAAUUAUUUUAGUACUCAGGGGUGGGGGGGGUGAUAAAAUAGAUUUUAUUUGACUUAUAACGAUGGGGGAUGUGGGAAAGCUUUGUGGACGACAGCCGUUUAACCAUUUUUUAGCAUUAGGACAGGAUAUGCAGGUACAUGUCUAUGGAAUACCAAAAUAUCAUUUGUUUUUGUUUUUUUUAUUUAUCAUUUGCUUUCAUUUUGAAGGUGCUCAGCCGUGUAUCAUGUGUAAAUAGAUUUUUAGAAUUUUUUUAUCCAAUUAAAUUUUAAUUAUGAUUAAAAAAUUAAUUAAAAUUAUGAUUAAAAAAUAAAUUAUAAUUGUACUAUGUGAUUAAUAAUGUGCCUGACCGAUUAAUUGUUGUCAUGUAAAAGUCGUUGUUACAAAUAAAUAAAAAUUAUUUU